AGUUGGGUGAAAUUAUUCAAAGGCUAUUUUUACUCAAAAGGUGCAAUCUGAAUUUGAUAUAAUGGAACAAAAUUCCUUAUUUAAUGAAGAGAAGACGUUAGUUUUAGUUGGAAGAACAGGAAAUGGUAAAAGUGCUACUGGAAAUACUAUUCUGGGAAAAAAUGUCUUUAAAUCUGGAACACGUUCUUCUAGUAUGUCACGUAUUUGUGAAUUACAAAAAAGUACCAGAAAAGAUGGAACAACUAUUAAUAUUAUUAAUACUCCAGGAUUAUUCGAUGGAAGUGAUUCAGUUGGAAAGGAAAUAAUCAAAAGUAUUGAUCUAGCUAAAGACGGAAUUCAUGCAAUUCUUGUGGUGUUCUCUGUUAGAACACGCUUUUCUGAAGAGGAACAAGCUACUUUACGUGUUUUGAAAACUUUGUUUGGACACAAAAUUGUUGAUUACCUGAUUAUAGUCUUCACGGGAGGUGACGAACUUGAAUAUAAUGAAGAAACAUUAGAUGAUUAUUUAGGUCAAGGAUGUCCACAACCUCUUAAGGUAUUUUAUCAUAUUAUCAUUUAG